AUGCAACCACUCCCACCAUCCGUCUUCCAGGUGCGGUCUGAUCUGGAGAUCAUCCAUGAAAGGGCGGUCAAUGCUCUCCGCCCAGAGCCGAUUGAAGAUGGAACCCUCAAAAAAAAGAACGAGGAAAUCAAGAAAAUCUUGAAAGGAAUUGAAGAGGUUGAAAGUGGCCCCAUUGACGAGGGUAAUGCCGCCGUCAUCAACCACCGGAUUACCAAAUGGAGAAAAGUGUUAGACGAAUAG